AUGGAUGAUAUAUGUUGCAAAGAUAUAAUCAGCGAUCUACCAGAAGCUCUUAUUUGCCACUUACUGUCCUUCGUUCCCACAAAAGAAGCUGCUUUAACAUCACUUCUCUCCGAAAAAUGGCGUUAUCUCUUUGCUUUUGCACCAAUUCUUGAUUUCGAUGAUUCGGUAUGGAUGCAAAGUCCAUUGGUUUACAUGAAUGAGGUUCAUAGAAAGUUCAUGGAUUUCGUGGAUAGAGUAUUGGGUUUGCAGGGUAAUUCCACUCUAGUUAGGUUCUCACUCAACUGUCGAAAUGGUAUUGAUCGAGAAUGCAUCUUUAGAUGGAUAUCAAAUGUGAUAGAACGUGGAGUAUCGGAUCUUGAUUUAGGCGGUAAUUUUGUUUCAAAUCGUUCUAUGCCUUCAAGUGUCUUUGUGAGCAAGUCACUUGUUAAGCUGAGAAUACGAACUGAAAAUUGUACCAUCAUUGAUUUGGAAGAUGUUUUUCUUCCAAAGCUUAAGACUCUCGAUCUUAGUAGUAUUUGGUUUCGAGACGGUGAUACUUGCCUUCUCAAGCUCAUUUCUGGAUGUCAAGUCCUUGAGGAUUUAACUAUGAGUGAUCUAUGGUGGGAUGGUUAUUGGAACCGCUCUAUGUCUUCCAAAACCCUCAAGAGACUAACGGUACAUUGUUCAGACUGGGAUAGAAGUCCGGGUAGUAUUUCAUUUGACACGCCAAAUCUUGUCUACUUUGAAUACUUUGAUCUCGUUGCGGACAAGUAUGAAGUAGUGAAUUUCGACUCACUUGUUGAAGCUAGUAUCGGUCUUCGAAUGAGACAUCAUCAGCGUGCACAUGCAAGCUAUGGAGAUUUGGUCGUAAAUGCAACCAAUCUUUUUAUGGGGAUAAGCAAUGUUCGGAUCCUUCAAUUGUUUUCUAACGCUCUUGAGGUGCUUACUUUCUGUUGUGCACCAAUACCGGUAUUCAAAAAGCUGAUCCACUUAACUGUUGAGACUGACAAAGAUGUAGGAUGGGAAUCAUUGCCGGCUCUACUCAAGAACUGUCCAAAUCUAGAAACCCUUGUCUUCAAAGGACUCCAUCACAGAUCUACAAGUAAAUGUCAGGACACUGACGGGUGUCUAUGCAAGUCUUCAAAGGACAUUCGUAGUUGCCUAUCAUCAAGUCCGGUGAAGGUUCUGAAGAUACUCAAGUUUGGCGAAGUUGCUUCUUACUUUGGUGACGAGGAAAAGCAGCUGGAGUUAGUCAAGUAUUUCCUGGAGACAAUGCCGAAUCUUGAACAAAUGAUAUUGCACUACAAUACACGAAUUAGUGAAGGUGUGAAAAGUCAACUUGACUGGCUAGUUCCUAGAGUAUCUUCAUCCAAGUGUAGUGUCCAACUAAUCUGUGAUAACGCACCAACUUAUCCUUUCUAUGGUGGUAUCAUCUGUGAUAACUUCAUCACACCAGCACCAACUUAUCCUUUCUUUGGUGAUCCCCUACAUGGGAUGGUGAUCCCCUACAUGGGAGAUCAGCCUCAUUUUAUCUAA